GCAGCAGCAGCGGCAGCCCGGAGCGCAGCGGACUGGUCCCGCAGCAGAUCAUCCUCUGCUCGGUCCGAUCUUCCGAGGGACUGGGGGGUUGUUUUGAUUCAGGUUGACGGAAUUAAAUUUUUUCUCCACUCGCGGUUUAUUUUUUUAUCCCCGUUUCGUCGCGUUGAGCUCCGGCAUGUUCGCUUGGCUCUGUGAGCACUCACCCCCCCGGAGGUUCCACGCGUCAGCGGCGGAGACACAAACUUGUUGUAGCCAAGCUGAGGAGCAACUUUCUCAGCCGCCGCAGUAGUCAACGGGCUGUCCGAUGCUAAGCUAACCCAGUAGCCACAAGUCUGGGUUUGUCUUCUGUUAAAAGUUGAGAAAAACGAUUAAGGGUAAUUUCCCACUUCGGGAUUCGCUUAUCAGACGAGGUUUCCGGGGAGCUUGGACAGAGUGAGCUGCCCCCUCGGAGGCUCUCUUUUCCUGGGGCAGUGCGGUGCAGGUGCACCUCCUGCGGCACCUGCGAUAACAGUAACUUACAGAGCUAACCCUAGCCUGUUGCGCGCUAGCCUGACGCACAUGAACACUUUGUUGUUAAACCCUGUUUCUCUCGUCGCGGACAUAUUUUGAGUUUGAAGACGUCGUGUGGCGAGUUCCAGUGUUUUGUGACCGUUCAGCCGCCAGCGGUGACAUUAGCUGAAAACUCUCCCGGCUAACCGCAGCCAGCAGCCCGGCUAGCUAGGGCUUGACCCUCACACUUCCACCGGAGUGGCGACGUGGAUGCAGGCUGGUAGACGCGGUCUCCCACAGGACUUUGGACACGGUGUGACGCUGCGCCGGGACUUCCCCCCCUCCUCUCCGCCUCGUACAUGUGACAGCAUGCGGAUUUCAAGAAGUUACCUCUCAACCUGUUAAAGUUUUCAGUUUCAUUUUUUGUUUUGUUCUAAAAGCUCUGCACCCUAUGGUGCCGCUACGGCCACCGAGAAAUGGAUGUCUCGCAGGCCGCUUUCCCAAACGGUGAAGGGCGGCCGUGCGGCGGCGAGGAGACCGGGGAGCAUGCCUGGACAGAUUCCCCCACAGUCCGGGCGUGGGCUCACUCUGCCCCGCUCUGCCCGACCCGGUCCCUGUGGACGGCCGCGUACGACUACGAGGGAAGCGGCGAGGACGAGCUCAGCCUCCAGCGAGGGGACGUGGUGGAGGUGCUGUCCAAGGAUGCAGCGAUCUCCGGGGACGAGGGCUGGUGGACGGGUAAAAUCAACCACCGGGUCGGGAUCUUCCCCUCGAACUAUGUCACGUAUCAACCCGCUAUUUACCGUCUCCCUGGUACGAGUGGGUCGGAGGGGACAGAGGAGCAGGUGCCGAGCCCUCCCUUCCAGAUUCCAUUCAGUGAACUGGUACUAGAGGAGAUCAUUGGCGUGGGUGGAUUUGGCAAAGUUUACCGGGGCACAUGGAACGAUCAGGAGGUGGCCGUGAAGGCGGCUCGGCAAGACCCGGACGAGGACAUAACCGCCACCUCCUGCAGUGUUAAACAAGAGGCCAAGCUUUUCUCCAUGCUGCAGCAUCCCAACAUUAUCAAACUGGAGGGAGUGUGUCUGGAGGAGCCGAACCUGUGCCUGGUCAUGGAGUACGCCCGUGGCGGGACACUGAACCGGGCGCUGACCGGAAGGCGCAUCCCUCCACACAUCCUGGUCAACUGGGCCGUGCAGAUCGCACGCGGGAUGCACUAUCUCCACGAGGAGGCCGUGGUACCCAUAAUCCACCGUGACCUGAAGUCUAGCAACAUUUUAUUACUUGAAACGAUCGAGAAUGAUGAUAUCGGGAGGAAGACCUUGAAGAUCACAGAUUUUGGUUUGGCCAGGGAGUGGCACAACACCACAAAAAUGUCAGCUGCAGGCACCUACUCCUGGAUGGCCCCCGAGGUCAUCAAGUCUUCUCUGUUCUCCAAAGGCAGUGACGUCUGGGGCUAUGGAGUCUUGCUGUGGGAGCUGUUAACGGGGGAGGUACCGUACCGAGGGAUCGAUGGCCUGGCUGUAGCUUACGGCGUGGCAGUGAACAAGUUAACUCUACCAAUCCCCUCCACCUGCCCCGAACCCUUCGCCAAGCUCAUGGAAGAGUGUUGGGACCAGGACCCCCAUGUGCGUCCCUCCUUCUCCUGCAUCCUGGAGCAGCUGUCGGCCAUCGAGGAGGCGGUGAUGGCCACCAUGCCCCAGGACUCGUUUCACAGCAUGCAGGACGACUGGCGUGUGGAGAUCCAGGAGAUGUUCGAUGAGCUCAGGACCAAAGAAAAGGAGCUCCGUUCCCGGGAAGAGGAGCUGACGCGAGCUGCCCUCCAGCAGAAGUCUCAGGAGGAGCUGCUGAAGCGUCGGGAGCAGCAGCUGGCCGAGAGGGAGAUCAACGUGCUGGAGAGGGAGCUCAACAUCCUCAUAUUCCAGCUCAACAAAGACAAGCCCAACGUGAAGAAGAGGAAGGGCAAAUUCAAACGCUCCCGCCUCAAACUGAAGGAUGGGAACCGCAUCAGCCUGCCCUCAGACUUCCAGCAUAAGAUCACAGUGCAGGCGUCACCUUCUAUGGACAAGAGGCGGAGCCUUCAUAGCACCAGCUCCUCCCCUCCCAGCAGUCCCACGCUCAUCCCCCGGCUACGAGCCAUUCAGCUGACGUCUCACAUGCGGAGGGACAGUUUGUAUGUUUACCAACAGGAUGUUGAUCUGACCAGCGAGCUCCCAGUGUUCUCUGAGCUCGGGAGCAAAGUCACUCAGGAUGAGAGUAACCGUACAUGGGGCCGCAGCACCCUCUUCAGGCCGGAGGAGUUUGAUGACGUGAAGAAGGGAAUCAAGAAGAAAGGAAGAACCUGGGGCCCCAGUUCAAUACAGAGCAAAGAAAGGCCUGCUGCUGCUGAGAGAGUGCGUCCCCUGUCAGACGGCAGUAACCCCUGGUCCACCAGCCUGGUGAAGUCCCAGAAGUCUGUCCCUCUCGCUGCCCUGUUUGCAGAACAAGCAGGAGCCGGUAAAGAUGAGGCCUUCACCCAGGAUAGUUCCGACAGCAGCUCCAAACCAAAGCAGCUCAAGUUCCCCAACCAGGUGUACAUCGAUCUACCUCUGUGGAGGGACGAGCAGCAGCCUCAGAGCCCCGGGGGCCACUGUGGGCCUGGAGACUCCGGGGUCGGGGCAGCCGGUCAGAGUGGCCCUGCAGAAACCCCAGACGACCCCUAUACCACCACAUCCACCUCGUCUACUUCCACCACCCCGCAGCUCACCCCGACCAACAGUCUGAAGCGGACGUCAACUCGCCGCAAGACCGACUCCGUGUUGUACGGCUGCGGCUCGCUGCUGGCGUCCGUCGUGCUCGGCUACGACAUCAGGGAGGCUCUCAAAAACUCGGCCCCUUGCGAGGACUGCGAGCCCCAACGCGAGGAGAAAGAGAAGAAGAAGAAGGAGGGCCUGUUCCAGCGGGCGACCCGGUUCCGACGCAGCACCUCGCCGCCGAGCGGUCGCGUCCGCAAAGACGAGGUGACGCCGAACCACACCUGCACCCAGCCUGUUAAUCUCAUCUCCAUGUCGGCCAUCAUGGAAUGCACCUCCACCAAGUGUCUCCUGCAGUCUGAGGUGGAUGUGUCGGAGUCGAGCCCUGGGAAAGUUGAGCUGGUGACCGCUAAUAAUCACACAGAGCAAUUAACAACCAGCCCAGCAGCUACAGACGGACAGACUGACAGAACUCCAGCUAAAACACAGACGCCAGUGAAAACCCAAAGUCCACCGCCAGAACCGAACAACCAUAACACAGGGACACGGCUACGCAGAAAGAAAUACAACAACAACCACACCAAUGGUCCAGCCUCUCUGCCUCCCCCCACCCCACAGAAGAAGCAGGAGAAAGAGAAGGAGGGAGCUCCAGAGAAGCCCUCCGGUGGGGAGGUGUUCUCCAGGCAGCGGCCCGUCUCUUUCCGGGCCAAACCCCACGCCUGGGCCCUGCUGCGAGGACGCAACAAGAGCUACUCCCUGGGCCACUACUCCGGAGAGAAGGCGGUAAAGAACCUAAACAUGGUGCUGACGUCGGAGGUGGGGGUGGGCUGCUCCCUGCUGGACAUGGACACAGAGGGCCAGAAACGAGACUGCACCGUGCCGCUCUGCCGCAUUCAGAGUUCCCCGGCUCGGCCCUCCGUCUUCGAGCUGGAGAAGGAGUUCCUCUCGUAGAAGAAGUGAUCUGCCGUGGUCCUAGUUCCAGAACAUGCAGAUUUUUGGCCUUGAACUCCUGGAGGGUUAAGAACCAGGCUGCCUUUAAAAAAAAAAACUUCUAUAACUUAGAACCAAGCUUUGUCUUAGGUCUAGAACAUAGUGUUCCAGAGCACAACCAAGUCUUAGGCUGUGUCUCAAUUUAGGGGGGUCGCAACCUUUGCAGGAUUCAGUCUGCACAGACCAUGCCAAGGCAAGGCUGAAAGGAAAUGUCUGAUCUCUGGAGGAUUCCUUCUCUGCGUCCUCAGCUCCACUCGCUCUUAGCGCUGCAUCGUUAGCUACUUGGAGCUGCUGCAGCUCAGCCACCAGCUUGUGAGCUUCACUAGCUCAGCUGGCCCGAGGGGGAUCCACCUGUUUGCUCCUUCGUUGCUCAGGAGUUGAAGGACGCGUCUGUCGAAAUGGGAGAAAACCUCCGCUGUGAUUCGAAAGAUCUUCUAAUGCAGCUUCUGAAGGACGGGGCCCCUGAAUUAAGACACAGCUUGAGACACGUAGAGGACAUCUGUGUCCCAGGAGCUCUAGACGGUGCACGUCUUAUCUCAAUGGGAGAAAGGCUUUACAAACCGCUGUGUCUCAGUCAACAUCACACACACAAACACACACAUUUAGUGCUGAAGCCUGAGCGGUACGUUCCAGAGCUGGACCAGCAGCUCGAACUGCCACCUUCAUCAGCUCCUCUCUCCACCUUCGUCUUCCUCUUCCUCUCUCGUUCUGUCGGUGCAGCUAAACGUUGACCGCCGCUGCAGCUUUUUUUGCAACACAGUACCCUCACCUUUUUAUUUAUAUAUAUAUUUUUAUAGGUAAUUUAAUAUGAAAAGACUUGACCUUACCUUAGCAGCCAGCAGGAUGUACAUUCCAUGUCAGUUUCAAAGUUGUGCGAUCACGCUUUUUAGAUACAGGUUUUUUCUUUGGGACUUGAGAAUAUUGCAUGCGUGUUUACCCUUAAAAUGUUGAACAAAAAAAAUCAUUCUGCCUUGUUUGUAAAUAUUUCUUUUUAUCCAUUAUCAGCCUAAUGCUGACAGUUGUUUUGUAUUGCAUAUCUGCUGUUGUGUGAGUAACGUGCUGGGACGUUUCCUCCUCGAAGGUUUUAGAGAAGCUGGGAGGAAAAACACUGGAAGUCCUUCAAAGCCGAUUUGGAAUUUUUCCACGUAAAAAGUUGGAUUCAAUUUUUAAAUGACACGUCGUGGGCAUGUGUAGCUAAUAUUGACUUUUGUAAGAGUAUUUAUAGAAAGGUUUCUUUGGUUCAUAUUUCAUAUACACACUGCAUCAAGGCGGCUGGCAGAGGCUCUGAUGACACAGAAUUACAGAAUUGAUAAUGUGAUCCCUGCAAUGACAGCUGAUUGGCUGGAGCUGCAGUGACACAGCAUGACAUCCUCUUUAAGCUGUGGAUGGAUCAGAACAGAGCCCGGGAGCCGUCUCACUGAAGACCACGUUGACUCUGAUGCACAACUCAGCAGAACUUGUACUGUAAACAGAGUCCAAUGGGCCUUCAAGUACUGAAGAAUGUCUCAAUCUAAAAUCCACGUCCUCUCCUUUAUGAUCAUGUGAACACAAUUUUGUAAUUUAUGCAAACAAGUCGUUAAAUUUAACUUCAUCACUCAGCUUUUAAGUUGACGCCCCCCAUGGCCGUUAUUCGUGUAAAACCUUUAACGACACCGUGAACGUUCACCUGGUUUGACAUUAAGCUGAGUCAGGUUUUUACCUUUUAUUUCUGUUUCUACUUGUUUUAUAUAACAUUAGAUGAACGGUGUCCCAGUGUGAGAACAUGUAUUAUUUUAGUGAAGCUCAGGAAAGUCUGGAGAUGGAUUAUGAGGAUGAGAUUUCAGAAUUCAGUUGAGGACAUUUUAACUUUUCUUAUUAUCGUACUGUAAACUUAGAGCCUGUUUGUUUGGCUCAUCAGAAGCUGUUUUUCCAGACCUCUGUGAAUUUGAUGAUAUGACGUUCUUACUAUGCAGAAUAUUUACUGUACCUUCUUCAAUGGUCACUCCCGGGCUCUCUCUCUCUCUUUUAAUAAGUUCGAACAAACGAACCCAUCCUUACAUGGGUGACGAUUCUACCCCCCCCACCCCCUCAGCUUUUUUAUCUCUGCCUCCCUCGUCUGUUAAGAAAACGUGUUCUACCUUUGAAGGAACAAAACAAGGGCUCAUUAACAUGAAAACAUGAAUUCCUGAAUGGUGUAAAUAAUAAUGUGAUUCCUGAUGUGUGUGUGUGUAUAUCACUGUGGCAUCUUAUGAUGUAGAAUGUGAAGUUUCUGUACUUUGUGACGACAGACUUUAAAAACCAGGUCCAUCACUGUAAAGGCCUUUACGAAUAAUCAGGUGCAGUUUACAAGUCUUGAUAUCUGGAUUCUACCCGCUUAUCUUUUUAAAGAACGAAGGGUAUCUGUUAAAAACCAUAAUGCACUGGUACUGUACAUUCCCCUUUUGAAAUACUGUGUUUGACUCUGGAGCUGAAGUCUGCGGUUUGUCGUCCAGUCGGAGACUUUGCUCGGCUGGCGGCGAACAAACAGGGUUUUUGUCUGUUACAGUCAAAAAUCAACUUGACGAACCCAAACAAGAAAACAUUCCACUGCUGUUGACAAACUGCAGCGAUAUUAUCUGUGAAAGCCGAAAUCCAUACGGUGCAUUCAGGGUUUCUGGCUACGGGACCAAAUUCCACUGUUCCAGCGCUGAGGCCUCUGGGUCUUCAGGACCAAAACCACUAAAUGAACUAGCUGCUAGUGCGGAGCUCUUGCAAUGAAGAGUUGUCCGCAUGAAAAACGUCACGCCCGACCUCAGAGGUGCAGUUACAGAGACCCAUCAUCACCGUCUGAUCAAAUCAUGUGACUUCCUGUUUAAAUGCAACACUUCCUGUCAAUUCGCUGAAUGCGUGUUUUCGGUGAACCAUUCUUAUCACUACAGUAUUGGCGGUUUCAUGCCUGAUUGAUCAAGAGUAUCAAGUUUGUCAACAUUUUGAAUAAAGUCUAAAUCAAUGCUA